UUUCAGGUUGUUCUCCUCCUUACUCAUCUUCGGCCGCAGUAUUCGUUUUCUCACAAUAGAAAAAAUCCACCGGUGAUAAUAGGAAUGGUGGCUUUGGCGAUCGCUCUUCCGCCACCUUCCAUGAAUGAAGUUCGCCUAGAAAGCGACAUGUUUGUCACGAGAUUAACUUUCGACUUCAGGAUAGUGCACUGCGAACCCAGAGUGUCAGAAUUAUUAGACUAUACGGCCGAAGAAAUGACUGGGAAAAAUAUGUAUUUACUCUGUCAUGGCCAAGAUGUCCAGAAAUUAAGGCAGUGCCAUAUUGACUUAAUACAUAAAGGUCAAGUGAUGAGUGAAUAUUAUCGUGUGAUGAAUAAAACUGGAGGUUAUACGUGGAUACAGACUUGUGCUACGAUUAUAUGUAACAACAAAAGUUCUGAAGAACAGAGUAUCAUAUGUGUAAAUUAUGUUUUAAGGUAAGUAUUUAAAUGUUAAAAAUAUAAUUUAAUAUGGUCAUUGUUGAAAUUGUAUACUUGUGAAAUAGU